GAGACUCUUGCGGUCGUUCGCUAGUGUACUCUUUGCUUCCAUCCUCUCCAGGCAGAAUGGUUUCUUUUCAGUGUGAUGGAUGCUCGGACGUCGUGAAAAAGCCAAAGCUCGAUAAUCACAGAGCGCAAUGUCACUCUUCCUUUACAUGUAUCGAUUGCAGCAAAACAUUUGGUAGUCCUGCAGAAUACAAAGGUCAUACCUCGUGUAUCUCGGAAGCGGAAAAAUAUCAAAAAGGCUUGUACAAGGGUCCCAAGGGCACUAAACAAAACGGUGGUCCACGCGGUAACGCUAAUAACACCAACGACUCAAAUAACACUUCCAAUGCUAACUCCGAUACCAACGCAACACCAUCAACGGGUAAGUUUCAGUCGAACAACAACAACUACUCCCGCAACUCCAACGGUGCUGGCAAUAUUGCUCGGCCUUCGUGGCAGGGUGCCGGUGCCGGUCGAGGAGGCGGAGGAGGCGCAUGGGGUGGAGGAAGAUACGUCCGACAAGAAGCAACGGGUGCUAACGGUACUCCUCUGGGUACACCCCUUCGGAUGUCCCCAUACUCAUAUGAAGUUCCGACACCACCUGAAGCGGGUGAACCGAGUCCUUCGAAGGUGAAUGGUGUGAAUGGAAAAGAUAAGGGGACGAAGAUGAACGGGGAGGAGAAAAAGCGCAAAGUUGCGCCUGAGGAAACCAACUCAACGCAAAAGGUCAAGAAAGCCAAAGUCGAGGUCUCUACUUUGUCGGCUGUAGAACCAGGCCCCUCAUCUUCAGCUGACUCGUCGAAAGACUCGGGGGACAAAAAGUCCAAGAAGGACAAGAAGACAAAGGACGCCUCCGUAGCUGACUCAACUUCCGCACCCACCGAACCUUCCACAUUAAUUUCGACGCCCGCUGAAGGGAAGUCGGAAAAGAAAGAGAAGAAAGAGAAGAAGAGCAAGAAGGGGAAAGAGGUUGAGUCUGAACCUGUAGCGACGAACGGGGAGGUGACUCUACCGGAGGGCGAAAAGAAGAGUAAGAAGGAGAAGAAAGAUAGGAAGAAGGAGAAGGCCCUGGGAUCGGAGGGGGUCGAGGAGGUGAAUGGGAAAUCGAAGAAACGGAAAGCUGAAAACACCUUGAAUGGCGAAGAGAUUGAGGGGAAGAAGAGCAAGAAGGAGAAAAAGGAGAAGAAGAGGAAGACGGACGCGGUUGAGGCUUCCUGAUCGUGACGUCCUUUUUUUUUCUUUCGAUCCUUCACUAGAUUUCUCUCUUAACACCGGUGUGCUUGUUCCCUUGCAUUUAGAUUGAUGUGACCAUUCUUUACGAUCUAGAUGUACUAUCUGCUUAUCGUCUUGCGCGGCAUCUAUUGGAUGUGCUCUGUUGAUGCGAAUGGGUGCAGGUGUAUGCUGAAAUGAGCUCGACGGCGCAGUCGACUGG